AUGGCCGCUGGAUCAGAGGCUGAGCUACGCGUGACUGUUCCUGCCGACCAUGUGGCCAAGUCCCACGCGCUAUUCGAUGAUUUUUGCAAUGCCACGAUCCACAACUUCCAAAACCAAUUCCUCCAUGGCCGCGAUAUACACGUGGUUGUCAGUGAACUCCAGCUGGACAUUAUACUGACACAGACGGUUCUUCGCGCCUAUUAUUCGGCGUGGGAAUUGCUGCAACACCAGACAUCUGCCAAGCCUUCGGCAUUGUUUGCAUCUCCAAAGACACGUCUGCUGGCCAUCUUUGGUGGCCAGGGCGGUAUGGACGACUACAUCAACGAGACCCGCUUCAUCUACAUGACGUACCGCCCGCUGGUUGCUGAAUUUGUUGCCAGCAUGGCUGGGUUUCUGGGCCGUGAGGCUGCUGCGCCACUGUUCCGCCAUUUGUAUACAGAAGGGUUCGAUGUCCUCCGGUGGAUCACCCAGCCCGAUUCGGUUCCCAGUGCCGAGUAUAUGACGUCGCUCAUGCACAUUGUCGUUUCGUACAAGACCCUCGGGGUAUCACCUGGCGAGUUUGCUGGGUGUUUCAAAGCUGCCGCCGGCCACAGCCAGGGCAUCACGGUUGCUGCUGCUCUGUCAAUGGCAAAGGAUGAGCCAUCGUUUUAUGAGACCGCCAAAAAGGCGCUUGGGGUACUCCUACUGACUGGUGCCUUCCCGCAGCUCGACUAUCCUCGCACCCAGCAGGCCAUGGCUUCGAGCUCGGCAGACGAUAUGCAGUCGCAGUCUGUAUCGCCGAUGGUUACCGUGAUCAAGCUGACUCGCACCCAACUCGAAACUGCCAUUGCAAAGUACAACCAGGCCUGGGAAUCCGAUGCAGACAAGGUGUAUCUGUCGCUGAGUAACUGCGCAUUGAUGCACGUUGUAUCUGGUGCUGUCAAGUCGCUGGAGCCGUUUGUCAAAUCCCUUGAAAGCGAAUUCGACCACGGCGGUGUUGAUCAGACGCGAGUGCCGUUCUCGCAGCGCAAGCCUGGAAUCACCAUCAAGUUUCUCAGCAUAACCGGGCCCUACCACUGUAAACUGCUCGAGCAUGCAGUUGAAGGCGCAUGCCAAUAUGCCGAAGAACGCGGGUGGCUGAUGUCCUCAGCAGACAUGCAGCUUCCAGUGCGCGCCGGCGACGAUGGCCAUGACAUCCGCUCAGAAAAGAACAUCUCGGCGUACCUGCUGAAAAGCUCGUGCGUGCUACCAGUCAACUGGAUCCAGGCGACAAGACUUCCAGGCGCAGGCGUGAAUGGAUUCGGCGCGCUUACGUUCCGGAACCACGAGGGCCAUGGCGUACCAGUGAUUUGCAUUGGUGCCUACGACACGCAGAGGACGCCACUUGGGACAAAAACCGACCUAUACAAGACAGAUAUGCAGCAGGUCAAAUCGGCUCCAAACUGGCAAAGGGAGUUUGGCCCGCGCCUGAUACGCACCUCAAGCGACGGCCGGAUCCAUAUCGAUACGCGGAUGACCCGGCUGCUGGGCAAGCCGCCUGUCAUGGUCGCCGGCAUGACCCCAUCCACAGUAAGCGAGGUGUUCGUGUCAGCUGUCAUGCGUGCCGGCUACCACAUCGAGUUGUCUGGCGGUGGUCACUUCAGCGAGCCGAUGCUACGCGACAGGGUCGACAGGAUCCUGAAGCUGACCGAUAGCGGCCACAGUGUCACGAUCAACUCGAUUUAUGUGAACCCGUUCCUGUGGAACAUCCAAUACCCGGCCAUGCAGGCCAUGCGUCGCGAAGGCGUGCCCCUAGAUGGCCUGUGCAUUGGAGCUGGCGUGCCAUCGUUUGAGGUUGCCAACGAGAUCAUCCACACGCUGCGUGCAGUCGGCUUCCGCCACAUCGGCCUCAAGCCCAGCUCGGUCUCCACCAUCCGCCUAGUUAUCAAGAUCGCCCAGGCCAACCCCGACUUCCCGGUCAUGCUGCAGUGGACUGGCGGGCGAGGGGGCGGCCACCACUCGUUCGAGGACUUCCACCAGCCGAUUCUGGAGACCUACGGCGCUAUUCGCACCCGGAAGAAUAUUGUUCUUUGGAGCAAGCGCUUUGGUUACGCACCUAUGCCAUUUGAUGGGGUGUUGCUAGGGUCCCGCGUCAUGGUGGCCAAGGAGGGCCAGGCCGCGGAUGCUUGGGAGCAGACAUACAAAGGCCCUGCUGGCGGCAUUGUAACUGUUCUAUCGGAAAUGGGCGAGCCGAUCCACAAGAUUGCGACCCGUGGUGUCAUGUUCUGGAAGGAGAUGGACGACACCAUCUUCUCGCAGCCGCGCGACAGGCGUCUACCGCUGCUGCUGGCCAAGAAGAACUACAUCAUCGAGCGCCUCAACAAGGACUUCCAGAAACCCUGGUUCGGCAAGAAGGCCGAUGGCCGUGCCGUCGAUCUCGAGGAGAUGACAUACGCCGAGGUCGCCAACCGCCUGCUCGAGGUGCUGUACAUCCCGCACCAGUCGCGCUGGAUCGACGUCACCAUGCGCAAUUUGGUGGGCGACUACUUGCGGCAGCUUGAGCAGCGGUUUAUCAGCUGCACUGGGCCGUCAUUCUUGCAAUCGUUUGACCAGCUGGACGAUCCAUUUGACUUUGUCAAGCUGUUCUUGAACCAGUAUCCUGACAGCUUUCAGCAGCUGCUCAGCACCGAGGACAUUCAGCAAUUCAUCAGCCUGUGCAUGCGCCCUGGCCAGAAGCCCGUGCCGUUCAUCCCGCUCAUGGACAAGGACUUCCACAUCUGGUUCAAGAAGGACUCGCUGUGGCAGGCCGAGGACAUCGAUGCCGUCGCUGGUCAGGACGUUGGCCGUGUGUGCAUCCUGCAGGGCCCUGUUGCUGACAUCCUGGACAACAUAUACCACGGCCAGAUUGCGUCGCUGCUUGAUACGGAAUAUGGCGGUGAUGAGUCCAGGGUCCCAACCGUUGCGUAUCUUGGCGGCAUGCCAAACGCACUGAGCCUUCCUUCUCAUGUGCAGGUAGCAGAAACCAAAUCCCAGCGCACAUUCGUCCUGAGCAGAAACGAGCUUGAGCUUCCUAGCGUGGAGUCUUGGCUGGCUGCGCUAGCAGGCACGGAACUUAACUGGCUUCAUGCGCUGUUGAUGGCACCGACUAUUGUGCAGCACCAUACAUAUACUGACAGCAUCGUGCGUCGUGUCAUGCUGGCGACCUCGGCCUUGGACUUUUGCAUUGACUCGGAUGAUAUCAUCCACUUCAGCAUGUACUCGAGGCCACGCGCAACAGUGUGCACGCUGGAGCUCAUGCUCCGCUUUGUACCAAACACUCCAUUUGCACCAAUCCACGAGGUCAUGGCAGGACGCAACCAGCGGAUCAAAAGGUUCUACUCGCAGGUGUGGUUCGAGGACAGCCGUGACGGUGAUUCAUGCAUCGGGAUCAGUGACCCAGCAGCAGUAUUCUCCACGGAGGCUGCAGAGAUUAGUCCUGACAUUGUGCUUGACUUUUGCUACGCCAUUGGCAACAGGUCCAAGUACUAUAUUGACCCGCUAUGUGACCAGCAGAUGGUGCCUCUCGAUUACGCAAUACGGGCAUUCUGGCCGACAUUGUGCAAGUGUCUGAUGGCACAGACAAGCGACGGUGACUUACUCAACCUGGUGCAUCUGUCAAACGGAUUCCGGGUGCUAUCGAGCGCCAACAGGCUAAAACCAGGGCAGACCGUCAGCAGUACUGCGAAGAUCACCGAGGUCAUGGAUACCCCAUCGGGCCGGCAGGUGCAGGUCCGAGGAGUCAUCAACCAGGAGUCAGUUCCAAUCGUUGAGAUCACCACAUCGUUCCUGUUCCGUGGCUGCACACCCAACUACGCUAGCAACUUCCACGACAUUGACGAGCAGCCCAUCAGCCUGCAUUUGGCUUCCAAGACUGAUGUCGCCCUGCUGAACUCCAAGGAGUGGUUUGUUCAGGCAUCAGGAGGCAAAGACACGAUCCGCCCUGGCUCGGUACUAGAGUUCCAUCUGAAGUCUCGCUACCGCUUCAAGACACACAACGUAUUUGCCUCCGUCCACACCUUUGGGGCUGUAUACAUCCAUGCCUCCUCCUCUGUGCCUGCCCAUGUCGGUGAGGUCGACUACGAGGCAGAGGAAUCAUACGGUAACCCGGUUAUAGAGUUCUUGAAGCGCUAUGGCCGUCCCAAAGAUGGGGUGCAGCAGCUAGAAAGCGAUAUCCCACUAGUUCCUAGAUCCAUGGUACAGCUAGCCACUGUGACAGCGCCAGCUAGCAACCACCAGUACUCGCACGCAUCCACCGACCACAAUCCUAUCCACACCAGUCCGUAUUUUGCCGACUACGCUAACCUGCCUGGAACCAUCACGCACGGAAUGUGGACGAGUGCUAACGCACGCCGCUGCGUCGAGAUUUUUGCUGCACAUGGCCACCCGCAGCGUGUGCGUGCAUUUGACGCCAGGUUUACUGACAUGGUUCUGCCUGGUGAUCGGCUCGAGACCAAGCUCCAUCAUGUCGGCAUGAAAGAUGGCUGCAUGCUAGUCAGAGCCGAGACUGUCAAUCAGCACGGCACUACAGUUCUGACAGCAGCAGCCGAGGUCGAGCAGCCGCCUACAGUGUUUGCCUUUCCGGGCCAAGGAGCGCACGAGCAAGGGAUGGGCAUGGAGCUGUAUGCGCGCUCAGAGCCGGCUCGCAGGAUCUGGGAUUCGGCCAACGAGUUUAUGCGCACUACAUACGGUAUCCCACUGAUCGACAUUGUACGCAACAACCCAAAAACAUACACAGUCCAUUUCGUCGGCGAGCGUGGCCUGCGCAUCCGCGAGAACUACCGUGCCAUGGUCUACGAGUACAGCAGCCACGACGGAGCUGGAUCGCUGAAUCGCCCGCUCUUCCCAGAGAUCACCGAGAACACGGACUCGUUCACAUUCUCGUAUCCCAACGGCCUACUAUACGCAACUCAGUUUACCCAGCCAGCCAUACUGCUAUGCGAAAUCGCAGAGUUUGUCCAUCUCGAGGCCAGUGGCAUUGUUCCCAAACAUGCUGCCUACGCAGGCCAUUCACUAGGCGAAUAUGCUGGUUUGACCGCCAUCGCCAACAUUAUGACGCCAGAGUCCGCUGCUGACCUAGGAUUUUGCCGCGGUCUGACAAUGCAGCAGUCGGUCCGGCGCAACCCAAAUGGUCAGUCUAUUUAUGCGAUGAUGGCAGUCAGCCCGGCUCGCGUUGGCAAAUGGUUCACGGCAGACAACCUCGAGACUGUCGUCAACGCAGUUCAGCUAUAUGGGCAAUACGACGGGCUGCUGGAAAUCGUCAAUUAUAACGUCCGAGGAGAGCAGUACGUGGUAUCGGGCGAACUGAUCCUGCUGGAGGCGCUGAACCGGAUUCUGGAGGCGGUCAUUAAACUAGGGUGUCUCCCUGGAUCGCUGGUGGAGCUUACCAGGGCAUCAGUCCAGAGCGCAUUGCAUAUCAGAGAGCGGACCGGGUAUAUCCCACCACGCCGCACCUCAGCAACAAUCCCGAUCCAUGGAAUUGAUGUGCCAUUCCACUCAACCAUCCUAGGUGCUGGUGUACAGUCGUUCCGCAAGGUUUUGCAAACCAAGAUCAGCCCCGACAGCAUCAUCCCUGACAGACUUUGUGGACGGUAUAUCCCAAACCUGACAGCUCGCCCGUUCGAUACCACAAAGGAGUACAUUGAGAACGUGUAUGCAUUGACCAAGUCGCCGUUCGUCCUCGAGCUGAUCCAGAACUACAGCUCAUCCAACCUUCAGGCAGACCCCAUUCUGGUGCAGCAAGUCACAUACACGUUGCUGAUUGAGAUUCUCGCAUACCAGUUCUCAUCACCUGUGCGCUGGAUCGAAACGCAAGAUGUUAUGCUUACCGAGAUCGAGGUCAACCGUUUCAUCGAGGUUGGGCCGGGCAGCGUGCUAGCGAGUAUGCUGAAACGCUCGCUAGAGCGCACGGAGAUUCUGUGCACAUCAUCGGACAUUAGCAAGAUUAUGCUCCAGGAUCGCCCACAGUCGCAGCCAGUAUACCAGCAGCAUCAGCCGGAGGCGGCCGGCAGCGGCGGUAUAGCAGAGGAGAUACCUGAUGCUCCCGUGCAGCCACUCGAGACUAUCCGGGCGCUGGUCGCAUACAAGCUGAAGUGCGGGCUGGGCGCCAUCUCCGCCGACCGAGCAAUCAAGGACUUUGUGGGUGGCAAAUCGACGGUUCAGAACGAGAUCAUUGGCGACUUGCAGAAAGAAUUCAAGGACGACUUCCCCGAAAAGCCAGAGGAGAUCCCACUCAACGAGCUUGCCCAGAGCCUGUCCCCGACUGCCGACUCCUUGGGCAAGUACUCAUCAGCACUACUGGCCCGCAUGAUUAGCAGCAAGAUGCCUGGUGGAUAUGGCCGGGCCGCCAUUUCCAAGCACCUGUCAUCCACCUUUGGGCUGGGACCGAUGCGCCAGUGUGGACUGCUGCUGGUUGCGCUGACUCUUGAGCCUGCAGUGCGCCUUGACUCGGAGUCCAGUGCGAGGAAAUGGCUAGCCACCGUCGCACACGAGUACGCUACGCUUGCGAAUGUUACCUACAAGGCCGCGGCGAGUAGCAGCAGCAGCCAAGGAUCGGGUGGUGGUGCAGUCGCCGUGAUCAACAGUGCAGAGUUCGAGGCAUCCCAGCUGGCACAGAAGCAGAUGGCCAUCCAGCAAAUGCGGGUCCUGGCGCGCUACCUGGGCAUUAGCGUCGAUACUGCGAUCAAUGGCAGUGGCAGUGCUGAGGAGCAAGAAAAUGCGGAUAGCGAAGGCUGGCUGCAAGAACAUGGCGGAUUCUACGCGGACAACUUCAAACCAAAGUUCUCUGCGCUGAUGGCUCGCCAUUUUGACUCGUCGUGGAACUGGGCGCGCCAGGAUCUACUCGAGCUCUACUACCAGCUAGUGCUGGGGAAGAUCACCAAAAUCGAUCUCAGCAUGGCAUCUAACUGCCUCCACUUGGUGAAUCGUCUGACACCCAGUAUCAUGGACAGCCUGAAGUUCAUUUGCUUGGGCGGGUCUCCAGUUUACCAGUUCACAGCCAAGCUGCUUGCUCCGUGUCUCCAAAUGGACCAUACCGGCAGUGUUGUGUACAAGGAGGUCGAGCGCCCGGGAGAGCAGUCCAUAGCGGACUACGUAUCCGCAGUCACUGAUAGAAACUUGUCGCAGAUUGCUGCUACGCUGAAGGCAAGCCACGCGGCGCUAGACAAGAUGAUUGAGCAACUCGAGCUCUCACACAUGUUUGCUCCUGCCCAGCAGAAGCUGGAUAUGCCCAAGGUCAAGCUACCCCCAAUGGUGCAUUUGCGCAGCAAGGUCCGCGACCCGACAGUCUGGGAGUAUGACCCGGCUCUGUCCGAGUCCUACACCAACGCCCUAAACGACAUAUGCGAAAACGGCCUGACGUUCGCCAACAAGACAGCCCUGCUCACCGGCUGCGGACGCGGGUCAAUUGGCGUGGAGGUGCUAAAGGGUCUCCUAGAAGGUGGAGCCAGCGUUGUCGUCACAACUUCCAGCUACUCACACAAGACCAUGCGGUAUUUCCAAGACAUCUACCAGAGCCAUGGAUCGCGUGGCUCGCAGCUGGUAGUUGUGCCCUUCAACCAGGGCUCGCGCCAGGACAUCGAGUCGCUUGGCAGGUGUCUGGGCUGGGACCUGGACUAUGUGCUUCCCUUUGCUGCCAUCCCUGAGAUGGGCUGCGAGAUCACCGAUCUUGGUUCGCAGUCCGAGCUUGCCCACCGCGCGAUGCUGACAAAUGUGCUCCGCCUGCUGGGAGAAAUAAAGCAGCACAAGAGCAGGCUCGGCUACGAUAUGCAUCCCGACGCUGGCAGCGACGGGCUAUACGGCGAAAGCAAGAUCGGGCUGGAAACCCUGUUCGGUCGCUGGCACUCUGAGUCCUGGUCGUCGUUUAUCACCCUGUCCGGAGCCGUUAUUGGCUGGACGCGCGGCACCGGGCUGAUGGGCGCCAACAACAUCAUUGCUGAGUGUGUUGAGAGAUUAGGUGCCCGCACGUUUUCCACAGAGGAGAUGGCUUUCAACAUCCUUGGCCUCAUGCACCCGAGGAUGUAUGCGCUGGCGGCUCUCAGCCCCGUGUGGGCCGAUAUGGCCGGCAACUUCCAGUACUAUCCGUCGCUGAUCGGCUCCACUGCCACGCUGCGCCAUGCCCUGCGCGACGUCGACACGAUCCAGAGGGCAGUUACCGUGGAUAGCUCCCUGGAUUACACCUCCAUCGCCGGUAGCGAGUCUGAGCGUGUUUACGGUUUGUUCGUUGCCCAGAAGCGUGCCAACCACCGUUUUGCGUUCCCAGAAGUCAAGUCGUAUGAGCAGCUCGACCAUCUUCACUACCUGCAAGAUAUGGUCAACCUGGACAAAGUCGCUGUCGUGACUGGCUACGGCGAGGUUGGGCUAUUUGGCAAUGCCGAGCUGCGCUGGGAGAUGGAGGCACACGGCGAAUUCUCGCUGGAGGGCUGCAUUGAGCUGGCGUGGAUCAUGGGCCUGAUCAAGCAUUUCAAUGGCAAGCUCCAAAAGACAGGCAAGGCGUAUACUGGCUGGAUUGACGCCAAUACGGAGGAUCCUGUGCGUGACAUUGACGUCAAGUCCAGAUACGAGAAGCAUAUCCUGGAGCACACGGGCAUCCGCCUGAUCGAGCCCGAGCUUCUGGACGGCUACGAUCCGAACAAGAAAGGAAUCAUGUGCGAGGUCCAGCUCGAGUACGACAUGGAGCCAUUUGAGGCAGCUGUCGAGGAAGCGUCGCAAUUCAAGCUUCGCAAUGGCGACAACUGCUGCACGUGGGCCAACGACGAUGGAUCGUGGUCAGCUCUGCGCUUCGACCGGCUUGUGGCUGCUCAGGUUCCGACGGGCUGGAGCGCUGAGCGCUACGGUAUCCCCAAGGACAUUGCCGACCAGAUAGACCCAAUCACCUGCUAUGCCAUUGUCGCCACAGUUGAGGCACUGGUGCGCUCAGGAAUCACGGAUCCAUACGAGAUUUACCAGUACGUGCAUGUGUCAGAGAUUGGUAGCUCCAGCGGCACGGCUCUUGGUGGGCUAAAGUCAAUGAAACGCGUGUUUGCAGAGCGCCUGUGUGACAAGGACCAGCAGCCAGACGUUUACCAAGAAACAUUCGUGACUACGCCGCCAGCCUGGAUCAACAUGCUGCUGCUGUCCGCCUCUGGUCCGAUCAAGACGACAAUUGGAGCCUGUGCAUCAAGCGUUGCCUCGAUUGACGUCGCCAUCGACACUAUUCUGUCAGGAAAGGCCAAGAUCAUGGUUGCAGGUGGCAUGGACGGGUUCAGCGAGGAGUCGUCGUAUGAGUUUGCUCAGAUGAACGCAACUUCAAACUCGGUCGAAGAGUUUGCCCGUGGCCGCACGCCCAAGGAGAUGUCCCGGCCAUGCACUACAACCCGCUCAGGGUUCAUGGAGGGUGAGGGCGCGGGUAUUGUCAUAGUGAUGUCGGCAUCCACUGCUCUGCAGAUUGGCGCUCCAAUCCACGGAAUCUUGGCCAUGACUGGCACAGCCACCGACAAGGAAGGUCGCUCGGUCCCAGCACCAGGCCAGGGUGUCCUGACAUCAGCACGCGAGCGCACUGGCGCUGCUCCUUCGCCACUUCUCGACAUCAGGUACCGUCGGCGCCAGCUCAGGAGGCGCCAAUCGAUGAUUAACGAAUGGCGGCGCCAGGAGCUCGACUACAUGCGUCAAGAGGUUGCCGAGUUGCGCCAGUCGCCAGCUGGGUUGGCAUGCGACGAGAGAACCUUUGUCAGCGAGCGUACGGAGUUCAUUGACCACGAGGCAAUACGCCAACUGCGCGAGUCCACUGACCUGUGGGGUAACUUCUUCUGGCGCCAGGACCCACGCAUUGCACCUUUGCGCGGCUCACUGGCUGUGUGGGGACUGACUAUCGAUGACAUUGGCGUUGCCUCAUUCCAUGGCACCUCGACCAAGGCCAACGACAAGAAUGAAUCAGAAAUCAUCGACUGUCAGCUCAGGCAUCUGGGCCGCACCCCAGGGAACCCAGUGCUGGCUGUGUGCCAAAAAUGGCUGACUGGCCACCCGAAAGGUGCCGCUGCUGCCUGGAUGCUCAAUGGGGCCAUGCAGAUCUUGCGCACUGGCACUGUUCCCGGCAACCGCAAUGCAGACAACAUUGCUAGUGAGCUUGAAAAGUUCGACCAUGUUGUCUAUCCGUCGCGGUCCAUCCAGACGGACGGGGUCAAGGCUGUGCUGCUCAAAUCGUUUGGAUUCGGCCAGGUUGGUGGCGAAAUCCUAGUCAUACAUCCGGACUAUCUGUUUGCUACUCUGGGCAGAAGCCAGCUAGAUACAUACAAGGCCAGGGUCAUGGGCCGUGAGCAGAGCGCAUACCGCCACUGGCACAACACUCUCACGGGAUCCAGCACAUUCGUUCAAAUCAAAACCGAGCCACCGUAUACCGCUGAGAACGAGCAGAAGGUGUAUCUGGACCCGCUUGCGCGCACCAAGUUCGACCCGGUUACCAGAAAAUAUACGUUCUAAUACUAGGCACUCUGAUUUUCUUUUCCCAAUUAUUGACGCUAUCCAUUUGGAAUAUAGUUUACC